AUGGCCUCAGUGUCUAAACACACAGGCUUCAACCCUCUCUCGCGCUAUGAGCAAUUCCUCCUCAAGAAUGCCUCUCAAAUUUCAACCAUCGAAAGCACACUCCGCACACUGACCUAUCUCCUUCCCGGCCGAUUUCAAGACUCUGAAGUCGCAUCAGAGGCGCUCUACUCGUCUCUGACACUGUUGGGUCUUUAUCACGAUCGUAUCCUUUCAAAGGCCAUCACAAAACUCAAUGAUGCUGAGAAGCCGACACCCUCAGCACACAACAAGUAUGCACAGUUUUGGCUCGACAAGAGUCCCAUCUACAAACGCUUAGCCAAUGCAGUGCAGCUCCUGCAGGCUACCAGCUUCCUCGCUGAGAUUGUCGCCAGAAAGAGAUUUGGUGAGCGUGGACGCUGGCGGUGCAUUUUGCUCAUUGAAACGGCAAAGGUGUUUUGUCGAAUACUCCUACUACAAGAGACUGGCGGCAGGAUGCUCGUCUUUCCACAUGUCCCCGAUCGCGAAAUUGAUCCCGCCGCGCUCGAAGCAUCACUGGAUCUCCAGGCCUUUGAGGAGGAGAAGCGUGCAGGGGAACAUCCAGAUCCCAAGCGACUCGAUCGCUCCACCGCCGAACAGCUCCUUGACCCAUUCAAAACGCAGGAAGCCGUCACGGCCUAUCUGCUGACCAAGACACUCUACCCGCGCGACCUGCUCCCUCCCUCGGCGCUCAUGACACAACUUUCUCCAGCAGGAAAGAUUGCUGAAGUCCUGUAUAUUCUACGGCCGCUCGUGUAUGCAUUUUUGUUGUAUCGCUCUAAAGAUCGUCAACGCAGCUGGCGACCAUGGCUCGUCUCACUCGGCUUAGAAUACGCAGCGCGAGAAUUACACAAACAAGCACGCGCCGGUACUUUCUCCAAUAGCACCACUUCUAUGUCUUCUCGACUUCGUGGCUUAGGAUGGUAUGUCAUUCGUGGUGCAUUCUAUGAGAAUAUGGUCAGACCUCGCGUGGAUGCCUUUGCUGACCGUGCAUUGGCGGUGGAUGGUUCGGGUCGUGGAUUCUUGGGCGUCAAGUCGUUGGUUGCAGGUGUGGUGCGCGACUACGACUACUUCUUCAAUAGCUACUUCACCACAAGCAGCAUGUAG